AAGAAUUGGCUGACGCACUUAGAGCCACAAGGGCCGUUCUAGCUGAAGAAGUUCAAGUUUUAUUCCUCUGGAGUCAAUGCGGCUAAUGAGUUCUGACGGCAUUUUUGGGGACUUUAUAAGACGUGUCCACGAUACAUGGCUGUUGAAAACAAGAACGGCGUUAAGCCUUGAUUAAACUCCAGAGGAGCAACGCGGACAAACCGCAAGACGUCAAGUCUGGGUGCGGAGGCGACCUCCGUUUAUUCAACGUGACAACCGGGAGAUGUUAGCAUUAGCACAUGGCACGUGAUUCAGUUCUCCAGCCUGAUUUGUACGAAAUAACAGUGUUAGCAAUGUUAGCAUCGUCAAAUGCUAUAAAGGUGUAAUAAUCAUUCAAGUGAAAACAUUCAAACGCCUAUCAUUAAUACAGAAGGACAAAAAAAUAUAACAAUGUAAAUAAAGAGGAUCGCAUUGAAUUAUAAAACCUCCCAGUGGAACAAAUAACAAAAAGGGAAGAGGAAGUGAACAACUUUAUAUUUAUAAUAGUCCUGGAGGACCCUGAACAAAAGAAGAAGAAAGUGAGGCGGAGCUGGAGGACCAAACCCCUCAUAAUGGACACAGAGGAACACGAGAAACAGUCAACAGUCAGGUACAGACAGACAAAUACAUUAAAGGACACAUUUCACAACUAUUAAUACAGACCCAGUUAUCCAGUCAGUGGUAGCUUGGCUUAGCUGCUGCUGAAAUCUUGCGCUACAGUGUCAAAUGAACGUUGCUAAACAAACGCAGCUCAAGGCAGAUAUGCAACAGUUGUGAUAACAGUAGCCAAGUCACACUUGGUGUCAACGCGCCAGCGGUGAUGGAUACUGCAGCCGUCCGUGUUCCGCCCCUAAACGCUGCCACCGCAUCCUAACCCCGGCUGGUUUCUCCAUCGCAGCUCUGCCUCCAUCCGGAGUGAACACUGAUUGAAAACAAUCUCACAUUUGAAGCCAAAUUGCAACACUGGCAUCAGAUAAGCCAGUACUGUAUGUCAGAUCUCCCAUGUAUGUUUGAAUAAAAUUCAGUUUGAGCCUCGAGAGAUACUAAAGAAGUUCAGAUCAGGGAUUUAGCAGCUCAGCUCGUCUGAUUCAGGAGUGCUUUUGGAGCCGUUCCCACCCGUCAUGUGUCAUGUCAUCUGCGUUUAACUCCCGUUUCGUCUCCCAGCGUCUCUCGUUCCUUUUGUGUGAACAUUGUUCUCUGAACUUUGCUUCUGUUCUGCACAUAAUUUAGUCGUGACCUAGAAUUUGUGUCGCUGUGGUGUUCCGUCGCCUUUCGUUUUAUGUCGAGGUUCAAUCUAAUCACAGGCUUGAUUGUGUUCACAGGAAAUUAUUAUUUUUUGAAUGGAGUACAUGAGUUGUGCUGGAACCAGUGGGAGGAUGUGGGAGUGGAUGGACGGCUGUCACACGACACCAUAGAGUUGUGUCCAGAAUCCCGUCCGGUUCAGUGUUUCAGAUCGCUGCCGAUGGUUAUUUUUCACAUUCCUUUUCGUUGCAAACAUUAAAAUUAUACAUUUUUUUAUUACUACUCAGGAGAAAGGACGGGUUAGUUUUAAAACAGAAACUAAAUUGCAAUUCCAUCUGUCAUUGUCUUUUCCCUUUUCUCAGCAAUGAUAAUGAAGAAAUUUCCUGUUAUUAUCCUGCUGUAUUGCACCAAAACUCUCUAAGUCUUAAAGAUACAGACCAGGCUCUGUUAUUUUUAACACUGUAACUGUUUUAUUAAUGCUGGAGGUUUACUGUUUCCCAUUUUUGUCUAAUCUUUACACAAUCCUUGUGUAUGACUCUAAAAAAUAACUUCAAAUAGCUUUUUCUCUUUCAUUUAGCUUAAUUAUUUAAAAAUAAUCAAAUGAAAACACUGUGCUCUUUCUUUUUUUUUUUUCCAUUUUCCAUAUUUCAUUUUUAAGUACUUGUAGCUUUGAUUACGUUCCUGAAGGACAAAAAUGUUUCUUGUAUUUGAUUUUAGUUUCUGUUCAUUUAACCCCAACCCGAAGAGAUUCCCACAAAGACAAAACGGCAAUUCUAAAGUUUUAUUGGCAUGAAAUAAUAAAGGAUUUUUGCAACAAACAUGAAUGUGCAGUUAUAUGAUGAGGAUUAGAGACGUCUUCCCCCCCCCACAACAAGACACUGGUGGUGGAGUGGAGGUUGAAGGAAGGAAUGUAGGAAGCCUGAUGGAGCUGGGAGGAUGAGGGUGGAGAAGGGGCGGAGGCCAGUUGAAGCUCAACGGGGAGCAGAUGGAGCCCUGGGUGGAGGGCCUUAUAAGAAAAGGCUGGCAUGGUGAUUGGCUACACCAAGGCGUGGCUCGAUGCCGAUGGGCUGCAGCUGAGGAGAGUGACGAUGCAGGCCUCGUUGCUGCGGGACCGACUGACACGUUUCCGUCCUCUCUGUAGAAUCCAGAGUUCCUCCAAUGGCAUAGUGGUGAGAUCUACACAUUUCACGGUUCCGCUGAUUGCCAAAAAGAAAAAAACGGGAUCAAAGUUUGCCGACAUGCUGUGACAAUCAGGUGUGCUGGAAGGGAGUCGGCGGGGAAAAUGUCUGCCUGCACUCUGCAGAUGGAGGGUUGAAGUGCCUGGGAACUUUUAUCGGCUCUGGAAGACUUCUACCUCGGUGAUUGUGUGUGUCCAAGGUUGUGCGGUUUGCAAGACAAGGCCAGUCAUUUGUCUUGACUCCAUGGGCUGAGAACGGGCAAGCCGAGGGGACGGGACGAGCAAAACCCUCUAUCAAGACCUGAUCUAUUUUCACCAACAGUUUAGUGUAUUCAUGAGGUUACACUAAUGUGGAGGCAGCAAAAUUACUGUAAUCAGUUGAAACAGCGAGUGUGCAUCCAUCGCUACGAUCAUUUGGAGAUAAUCUAUCAGCCCGACGUCUAUGUAACGAGGAAAGGGGGGCACUAAAUUACUGUCGAGUUUCACUGAGAAGUCCAUGAUUAUUGGAUAAGGGAGUUUGGUCAGUGACAAUUCACAUCCUCUGAAAUCCUUUUUCUUUUUUUUUGUACCUGACAAAAGGAGGCGAGCCUCCGGUCCAGGAGGAUAAUCCGAGCAUGGAGGUUAGGUACAACCAAGAGACAGAAGCGAUGGUACUGAAGAACAGACUAAAGGAGGGAAAGGACAGUAAAGAUUCCCAAGGCAACCUAUCCAAAGGCUUCCUUAAGGAACAGCAGGAUUCCUUUUCACCGUCUGGGAACAUGGACAACUGUGAGAAGAACAGGGGGAACGCGGGGGAUCCCGACUACUGUCGGAGAAUCCUUGUCCGAGAUGCUAAAGGCUCUAUCCGAGAAAUCAUCCUGCCAAAAGGUUUGGAUCUGGACCGGCCAAAGCGAACGCGCACCUCCUUCACUGCAGAGCAGCUUUAUCGCUUAGAGAUGGAGUUUCAGAGGUGUCAGUAUGUGGUUGGGAGGGAGCGGACCGAACUGGCCCGUCAGCUCAAUCUCUCUGAAACUCAGGUAAAAGUGUGGUUUCAGAACCGCCGCACAAAGCAGAAGAAGGACCAGGGGAAGGACUCGGAGUUGCGCUCGGUGGUUUCGGAGACGGCCGCCACGUGCAGCGUGCUCAGACUGCUGGAGCAGGGGCGGCUGCUGACUCCGCCGGGCCUGCCGGGCCUCCUGCCCCACUGCGGCUCUGCCCUGCGCCCCCCCUCCAUCGCCAUGGCCAGCAACAGCAGCAGUAGCAGCAGCAGCAGCGGAGGCAGCACUGGGACGGCUGGCGGCAGCCCUCCGCUGCCUGCCGUCACCUCGUCAGGGACGGUGGCGGGGCUGCAGAGCCCGCCGUCCGCUCACGGCUUUUUCAGCUUCCCAAUGCCGUCCAUUCUCAGUGGCGUGGCCACCCGCAUUUCGUCCAAUCCCCUCUCCAUGGCCGGCUCGCUGGCUGGCAACCUGCAGGAGCUUUCUGCACGCUACCUGAGCUCCUCUGCCUUUGAGCCUUACUCGCGGACCAAUGGCAAAGAAUCCAUGGACAAGAAGACUCUGGAAUGAUGGUUUGUGGUUUUGCUCUCGUACGGAUUCCUGUUUGCUUCUGGAAGCGUUUCAUUAGUUUUAUUAGCUGUUCCCAUCUUUGUUUGGUUUUUACCAAGUGUCUGUCAUUUGUCAGUGUCACCUUCUCUAACAAGCUUAUGUAUUCCUGCACAUCUGGCACCUUGUACAAGGAGCGAAGGAGGAACCAAGAAAACAAACGACAUUCGCUCGCCAAACAAAAAACGGAUGUCAGUGAAAGGACUUUGCACAAAUCUUCACACAAAUAUUUAUACGGAAACAGAAAGGCAGGGUGAGUUGGAUGCAAAAAAUCUUUACUUUUUUUUUUUUGGUUAAAGAAAUGAUCUCUCUGCCACACAUUCUGAAUUAACACAGCCAGUCUGAAGCAUAAAAAGGUCCAGGCCAGUUAAAGCAAGCGCUUUACGCUGCUGCACAGCAGCAAAGUCUUAGACAGGCAGUAGAAUAUUUAAGGUAAUUGGCACUCUAUCUAAACUGCGUUUCACCCGUCGGAAUUGUUGGUUCGAUGCAGCACGUCGCGGCGAGAAGACGCAGGGCAGAAAUAGCCGAGCAGCGAAGCAGCUUGUGUGAUCUAGUGAGCCCAUCGGAGCGUUUAAAACCUAUUUGCGGAGGCGCGAAUGAAUAAAACGGGAGUUUCUGAGGGAGGAGGAAAGCGCCUGUGAGUGAAAGCUGCUGCACAGCCAGUCUCAAACUCAUAAUCCAGCGCUUUUGACGCACAGACGCAGCUUGGGUUUUCUAAUGCUUCAGGAUGAACCAGCUUGUAGAGACAAUGUGAUCAUGUGGAAUGUUCACUGUUAUUUUUCUGUUUUGUGACGAUUUCAACAGCAUUACUCUUCUCUGCUGAAUUUUUGCCACCAGAAAUGCAGUAUGCCUAUUAUUAUUAUUAUUUCCCCCCACCCUUUUGUUUUUGUAAAUGCUAUUUUACCCCCCACUGUGUUCCUGAGAUUAAUGCAGGUGUGUGUCCUGUGCCAGAUGACAGGAGCAGACACACACACCUGAGAGGAGACAAUGUAAGCGGCGUCGUUUUGGAGGAAAGGUUUCCGACAAUACAGUUCCAUCUCCUGUCUUGAAAAGAAAAAAAAAAAAACAAGCAAAAAAUAAAGUUGAAGUUCAGACAAGAGAGUGAAUGCUACUGCUGUUGUGUAAAAACACCGAUUGAGAAUUGUACCAUAAAGUUGUUAUUUUAUUGUAAAAUAUCGACAUCUGUAAUUAAUUGAUGAUUUGUAUAGCUGGGGAAAGUAAUGUAUGGAUGAAUGUUUUAGCGUGGUUGAUAAACCAAUCUAAAGGUUAUUGGUGCUGUUGUUGUGAAAUAUCUUAAACAUUUGUGAAACGUGUUUUAAACAAAUGUGCCUAUAUGAUA